AUGAUUCUGUUCAUAUCUAUCUAUCUAUCUAUCUAUCUAUCUAUCUAUCUAUCUAAUUCUAAAAGAGAAAAAUAUUUUAUAUUCUUCUUCUUCUUCUUCUUCUUCUUCUCCUCCUCCUCCUUCUUCUUCUUCUUCUUCUACCUUCCUUUCUUUCUUAUUCUUCUAUCUCCACCUUCUUCUUCUUCUUCUUCUUCUUCUUCUUCUUCUUCUUCUUCUUCUUCUUCUUCUUCUACCUUCCUUUCUUUCUUCUUCUUCUCCUCCGCCUCCUUCUUCUUCUUCUUCUUCUUCUUCUUCCACCUUCCUUUCUUUCUUAUUCUAUCUCCUCCUUCUUCUUCUUCUUCUUCUUCUUCUUCUUCUUCUUCUUCUUCUUCUUCUAUGCCUUCGGGACAAAACAAAUUUGUUUGUCUUCCUUUCUCACACGCUCUUGAUAUUUUUCAUUCUCUCUCUUUCACUGUACUUUGUUCAUUCGUCCCUUUAUUCAGUUCAGUUUCUUUUAAUUCCGUUACAUUCGGCUCACUUUCCUUCCGUUCAUUUCUUUCAAUUCUCUUUCUUUCAGCUCACUUUCCUUCAGUUCAGCUGUAUUCAGAUCAGUUUCUUUCAAUUCAGUUUCUUUCAUCUCACUUUUCUUCAUUUCUUUUAAUUCCUUUUUAUUCACUUCACUUUCCUUCCUUCAUUUCUUUUUCUUUUCUCUCACUUUCCUUCAGUUCAGCUUUAUUCAGUUCAGCAUUGUUUAGUUCAGUUUCUUUUAAUUUCUUUUUCUUUCAGUUUCUUUUUAAUUUUCUUUCAAUUUUUCUUUCAUCUCACUUUCCUUCAGAUUUAUUCAGUUCAGUUUUUUUUCUUUCAAUUCAGUUUCUUUCAUCUCACUUUUCUUCAGUUCAGAUUUAUUCAGUUCAGUUUCUUUCAAUUCUGUUUCAUUCACCUCACUUUUCUUCAUUUCAUUUCUUUUUUUCAGUUUCUUUUUCUUUCAGUUCAGAUUUAAUUCAGUUUCUUUUUCUGUUUCAUUCACCUCAUUUUUCUUCAUUUCCUUCUGUUCACUUUCCUUCUUUUAUUUCCUUCAGUUCAGAUUUAUUCAGUUCAGUUUCUUUUCAAUCCUUUUCUUUCAGAUCAUUAUCCUUCAUGUCUUUUUAUUCAGUUUCUAUCAGUUCACUUACCUUCAGUUCAGAUUUAUUCAGUUUAGUUUCUUUUUUUUUCUUUUUCUUUCAGAUCAUUUUCCUUCAUUUCUUUUUAUUCAGUUUGAAUGAGCUCACUUUCCUUCAGUUCAGAUUUAGUCAGUUCAGUUUUUUUCAAUUUCUUUUGUUUCAGAUAUUUUCCUUCAUUUCUUAUUAUUCAGUUUCUAUAAACUUACUUUCCUUCAGUUCAGCUUUAUUCAGUUUCUUUUCAUUCCUUUUCUUUCAGAUCAUUUUCCUUCAUUUCAUUUUAUUCAGUUUCUACCAGCUCACUUUCCUUCAGUUCAGCUUUAUUCAGUUUAGUUACUUUUCAUUCCUUUUCUUUCAGACAAUUUUCCUUCAUUUCUUUUUACUCAGUUUCUAUCAGCUCACUUUCCUUCAGUUCAGAUUUAUUCAUUUCAGUUUCUUUUCAUUCCUUAAUUUUCAAAACAUAUUCCUUCAUUUGUUUUAUUCACUUUCUAUCAACUCACUUUCCUUCAGUUCAGCUUUAUUCAGUUCAGUUUCUUUUCAAUCCUUUUCUUUCAGAUCAUUUUCCUUCAUUUCUUUUUAUUCAGUUUCUAUCAGCUCACUUUCCUUCAGUUCAGCUUUAUUCAGUUUAGUUACUUUUCAUUCUUUUUCUUUCAGACAAUAUUCCUUCAUUUCUUUUUACUCAGUUUCUAUCAGCUCACUUUCCUUCAGUUCAGAUUUAUUCAGUUCAGUUUAUUUUCAUUCCUAUUCUUUCAGAUCAUAUUCCUUCAUUUCCUUUUAUUCAGUUUCUAUCAACUCACUUUCCUUCAGUUCAGAUUUAUUCAGUUCAUUUUCUUUUCAUUCCUUUUCUUUCAGAUCAUUUUCCUUCAUUUCUUUCUAUUCGGUUUCUAUCAGUUCAAUUUCUUUCGGUUCAGAUUUAGUCAGUUCCGUUUCUUUCAAUUCCUUUUGUUUCGGCUCAACUUCCUUUUGUUCAUUUCUUUUGAUUCAGUUUCUUUCAACUCCUCAUUUUCAUUCAGUUCUUCUUUAUUAUGUUCAGUUUCUGUCAAUUCCGUUUCAUUCGGCUCACUUUCCUUCCCUUCAUUUCGUUAACUUCCAUUUGUUUGAGCUCACUUUCCUUCAAUUCAGCUUAAUUCAGUUCAGUGUUUUUCAAUUCCUUUUCUUUUUAGCUCACUUUCCUUCAGUUCAUUUCUUUCAAUUCUCUUUCUUUGAGCUCAAUUUGAUCCAGUUUUCAUUCCGUUCGGAUUCUUCCAGUUUAGUUUCCUUCAUUGCUGUUUCUUUCUGCUCAGUUUCCUUCCACGUUUUGAAUUUAAAUUUGUUUUUUUUUUUAAUUCGGCUUAUAUUUCUGAACACGGUCGAUGCCACGCGCAUGUCACGUGCUUACCGACUGCUCGUUGACAUUGCAGCGUCACACAUUGGGCGUUACUACUUUGUCUGA